AUGAAGCCUCACACUAUAGCUGAAAAUUUAAUAUUACCAGCUUGCAAAGAAAUUGUAAAAUCAAUGCUAGGUGAGAGUGCUGAGAAGGAAGUUUCUCGUGUUCCAUUAUCAAAUAACACAAUAUCUCGACGAAUUGACGAUAUUUCAACCUAUUGUUUUAUACAUCGUGAAGCUUUGAUGAUUAAAUCGAUUCCAGAUGAGCUUAAAAAUGUUCUUAAUUUGGUAAUUAAAAUUGUAAAUUAUAUUAAAUCAAGAGCUCUUGAAACACGAAUACUCAAAAAAAUGUGUGAAGAAGCUGGUUCUCGUUAUGAAGUUUUAGUUUACAUACUGAAAUUGGAUAGUUAUCAAAGGUAA